CUCCAGCAGGAAACAAAGAGAAGAAGAAGAAGACCAAGCAGAACAAGAAAAGGAGGAAGAAGAAGAAGAACUGCGAUCAGCUGACAGAGUAAAGGCUAACGCUAACAGUGAAAUUUGAUUAUUAAACUAAAACACUUUCAACAUGGCGUUCAUCACAGCCAAUUGGAACCCGCUGGGAGAAGCCUUUUACCGUAAAACAGAGUUGUAUGAGAUGUGCUGGACCUUACGAGAUGGACUCAGAGACAGUCUGGUGGCUGCAGCUCCAUACGGAGGACCAAUAGCUCUCCUCAGGGAAUCUCACAGACGUUCUCCAAGUUCUCGUCCUCAGUUAGAGAUUUAUUCUGCGUCUGGUGUUGCCAUCGCCAGUUUCCCUUGGAAGAGUGGUCCUGUGGUGCAGCUGGGUUGGACGGUCAGUGACGAAUUGUUGUGUGUUCAAGAAGAUGGAUCUGUUCUGAUCUAUGACCUGUUUGGAUCCUUCAAGAGACACUUCAGCAUGGGUCAGGAAGUGGUCCAGAGUCAGGUCUUGGAGGCCAAGGUGUUCCACUCUCCUUAUGGAACAGGCAUUGCAAUAGUAACAGGCUCAUCGCGCUUCACAUUGGCAACAAAUAUUGAUGACUUGAAGCUCCGCAGGUUACCUGAAGUCCCAGGUCUGCAGGGGAAGCCGUCUUGCUGGGUUGUCCUCACUCAGGACCGGCAGACUAAAGUCCUGCUGUCCAAUGGACCUGAACUAUACAUACUGGACAACACAUCCUGCACUGCUGUGUGUCCUCCAGGUCUCAGUCCUCAGGCCGGGAGUAUAGUCCACAUGUCAGUGUCUUUCAGCUAUAAAUAUCUGGCUCUCUUCACUGACACAGGACACCUGUGGACAGGCUCCUCAGACCUCCAGGACAAACUGAGUGAAGUUGACACCAAGAAGACAACAACACCCAAACAGAUGGUCUGGUGUCGCAGACCAAAGAGUCAGCAACCAUCUGUGGUGUUGAUGUGGGACAGGCUGCUCAUGGUAACCGGAGUCUGUAAUGACACCCUCAUGUUCCCCAUUGAGGAUCCAUGUGUUUUGGUGGGAGAACUAGAUGGAGUUCGGAUCAUAAGUUCAGUCUAUCAAGAGCUGCUUCAGGAAGUUCCUCUUGUCUGUCAGGACAUCUUCAAAAUCGCAUCCAUGGCUCCUGGAGCUCUGCUGCUGGAGGCCCACCGGGAAUAUGAGAAGUCAAGUCAGAAGGCUGAUGAGUACCUGAGGGAGAUUAAGGAACAAAGCAUGCUGGGAGAAGCAGUCAGACAGUGUGUGGAGGCAGCAAGUCAUGAAUAUGACACCAGCACUCAGAAAUCUCUGCUCAGGGCGGCGUCCUUUGGAAAGUGUUUCCUAACAGACUUCAAUCCAGAUGUGUUUGUGUCGACCUGCAGAGAACUCAGAGUCCUGAAUGCUGUCAGAGAGAGUAGUGUGGGAAUGCCGCUCACACACACUCAAUUCAAACAGAUGACUCUACAGGUGUUGAUAGACAGGUUGGUGUAUCGACAGUUUUAUCAGUUAGCGAUAGAAAUCUGCCAUUACCUCAAGAUUCCUGAUUAUCAGGGAGUCAGCAGAGUCCUCAAACACUGGGCGUCAUGUAAGGUUCAGCAGAAGGACCUAUCAGACGAGUCCAUAGCUCGAGCGGUGUGUGUGAAGGUGGGAGAUUCACCUGGUGUUUCUUACUCUCACAUCGCAGCUAAAGCUUAUGAAUGUGGACGCACCGAGCUUGCCAUCAAGUUGCUGGAUUUUGAAGCUCGGGCCGGAGAGCAGGUUCCUCUGCUGCUGAAGAUGAAGAGGAGUCAGCUGGCUCUCAGUAAAGCUGUGGAGAGUGGAGACACUGACCUGGUGUACACGGUGGUGACUUACCUGAAAAACGAGAUGAACAGAGGAGAUUUCUUUAUGACUUUGAGGAACCAGCCGGUCGCUCUCAGCCUCUACAGACAGUUCUGUAAGCUGCAGGAACAGGACACUCUGAAGGACCUUUAUAAUCAGGAUGACGAUCACCACGAGCUUGCCAACUACUACGUUACUGCCAGUUACAGAGAAAAGAGGUUAGAUACCCGUCUGUCUCUCCUGCAGAGUGCUGUCGACGAGUACAACAAGGCCAAGAAUGAGUUUGCUGCAAAAGCCACAGAGGAUGAAAUGCGCCUCCUUCGAUUUCAACGAAAACUGGAUGAUGAGAAGGGGGCAGGGCUACUGGGACUGUCUUUACAGGCGACCAUGGAGGCUCUGCUGGCUUUAGGACUUCACAAACAGGCAGAACAGCUUUACAGAGAUUUCAGAGUACCUGACAAAAGGUAUUGGUGGUUGAAGCUGAAGUCUCUGGCAGAGAAGGAGGAGUGGGAAGAGUUAGAAAAGUUCUCAAGGAGCAAGAAGUCUCCUAUUGGCUACCUGGCGUUCAUUGAAGUUUGCAUGAAGUGCAACAACAAGUAUGAAGCCAAGAAGUAUGUUUCUAAAGUGACACCUGAGCAGAAGGUCAAAGCUCACCUGGCCAUCAGUGACCUGGAGGGGGCAGCAGAUGCUGCGAUAGAACGUAGGAAUGACUCGGAGAUGGGGGCAGUACUCUCCAGAUGCUCUGCCUCUCACCAACUGCUGAUUGAAAGGUUGAACCGAGCCCGAGCUGCUGCUGCCAAAAAGUGAUCCUCCAUUCACAAUGUAUAUACAGCAUCUCAGCAACAUGAGCUGCAUUGCAUCCAGCUUGAACCUGAUGCAGGACCUGAUUUCCUGUCAUCCCUCUCUCAGCUGUGUUCACUUUCCUGCUGCUUUACUGUAACGGCUUUGCACCAGUGAGUCAAGAAGAAGACGUCACCUGUUCAGACCAUCUAACAACCACUAAGCCUCUUUUAUAUCUUAUGUUUUUUGGUGAUUCCAUUUUCUUGAGUUCAUUGUUAAACAAUUUUUUGUUGUCUUUUUUUUUUUUUUCUUUUUGAAUAAGUGAAGACUUAGACUUGAGCACUGAGAAUUCAGACUUGGAAGUUGGAUAGGAUGACUCGAUUCUUUUUUUCUUUUCUUUUUUUGUAAUAGGCUAUAAUAAUUUGGCAUAAGUUAUUGAUAUUAAAACCUGUUAAUUUGCACCAUGCUCUAUCAGUGGGACCCACUUCCAUCAAGCGUACACUCCACCUUUCUAUAAAUGAGUAUGUAUCAAAUUGCCGAGCAAUAUGGAGAUGCAAUACACAAGAAGUUCUGUUAACAUUGUAUUUUCCGUACUUGAUGGAUUUUUUUUUAAUUAUUAUUAAUGACGGAAAAAUCUGAAGGCUGUCCGUCAUUUUGGCAGAUUACAACAUAGAAGGCAAUCUACAGUAACUUAAAGUUAGGUUAUAGGCCACUAAAAUGCUCAAAUGGUUGCUAUGGCAUUGAUAAAUGAGGUGAAAAAAGAGGAACUGAUGCAGUGGAUGAAAGACAACUGAGACUUGCUCAAUGCACCUCGCUAUCUGGGAGCUGACACUCCAUUGAAGAGCCACAGACAGGAGGAAAGCGUCUGUGACCACUACGGAUCAUGGAGGAGUGCAGCUGUACUCCUGGUGUAUAUGCAGCAGGUUCCUCCUGGUGAAGUUAGUGUGUCAGCAUCAGGAAAUCUCACGUUCAGAUGAACUUUGAAUCACAUCCAGAGAGAAAUCUUUCCCAGCUUCAGAACUUUGGCUGAAGUGGAGCUAGUAGGUCCAGUCUCCAGUGCGGUAGCAGAGCAGGUUCAGCUUUCAGAUCAAAAUGUUUAAGGGCCAUGAGGAGCCUAGUGACAGUCACAGGCUGCAGCAGGUCAGCUGAGUUCAGUUCAGUUAGCCCAGCCUUGUGAAAAUGGGGUGUCCACAUUUUAAUGGUAAUUGUCUAAUUUUGUAAACUUGCAAUGUUCACAUUUGCUUGUUUGCACACACUGGCUGCAGUGUUUUUAGUGGUCUCCACUGUGACUGCCAAAAAAAAGUAAUCUGUUUUAUGUGGUGUUGAUGACAUGUGGCUGCACAUGUUUCAGUAUAUUAUUUUAAAAAAUGUAUGAAAAAUGCAAAUAUUAUUAAAAGUGAAAAUUUAAUUGGGGGCAAUAAUGAAUUAUGAC